AUGAGGAAGAGGGCCUGCGACUCAUGCUACCAGCGCAAGAUCCAAUGCGAUGCCGCCAGCCCGCGCUGCGACUGGUGUCGCCAUCACGACCUGCCCUGCACCUUUAACCGCCCAAUAUCGACCAGGCGGAGGGGCAAGGCAAAGAAGUGCGUGGCCAUGGAUGUACCUGUGGGCGAAACUGACAUUGGUAGGUCCGUGAAUGCCGUGGAGCGGGUCGAGGUUGAGCAGCCCGAGAUGGAGAUGGAAGACCCUGGGCCGCCUAUGCCCGUACCCGUACCCGUGGUCUUUGACACCGUCCCCUCGCCCCUGAGCUUGCCGGAUGCGCCUGUGAACUGGAGCGCGCCUUUUACGCCGUCCUCCACGGCCGACACCAACCCUUCCACCUACGGCUCCCCCAGCUCCAGUCUCGUGACCUCGCCCAGCUACCAGCUCUCGGAUCACUUUGCAGAAUCGCCUAUCCGUGCCGAGUCCCCCGCAUCCGUGCAGGGGCCAGCGUUUGGUAAGCUCCACUUCGCCGGCCGGCACCUCGGUGACAUUAGUCUCCACAACGGCAUCCCCUUCCUGUCGAGCGAGGGGCAGAAGUGGAUCGCCUCCCGGACCGGCGAGAGCGCUCCGCUCCAAACCCUCUCCGUAGCCCCACCCCGCCGCCACGGCGGCGUCCACCCAGCCUUUUGGUGCGCCAACACGGUUCACAGCGAGGGCAUGCCACUCCCGGACCGCCGUGUCGUCGAAGAGGCCCUGGACAUGUUCACCUCCAACCCUUUCAAGCGCAUCUGGCCCGCCGUAGACGGCAUCCUGUUCCGUCAGACCAUCGACGCCGCCUACGACACGGGCGCCGGCCGCUGUUCCCUCGAGGCUGUCGCCGCCCGCGCCUGCAUCUUUUCCUUUCUCGCCCUGCUAUCCCUGCACCACAUGUACCCCAAAUCCAUGCCCACGCUCGACAGCGAGGAGUGCGCCGUGCAGGCCCAGCAUCUGCUGCCCAAGGCUCUGUACCACCUCCUGCUCGGCCAGCUGCAAAAGGCCGCCGUCUUCCACUCGGUCGCCUGCCGCAUGAUGUUCACACUCGGGGCCAACACCGUCGUCGUGCCACCCUGGUCGUCCCUCGCCGGCCACGACUGGCGUGUCAAGAACCAGCUGCGCAAGCUCUUCUGGAUGGUCUACUGCAACGACAAGGAGAUCUCGCUGCGCACCGGCCAGCCCCCGUCCAUCAACGACGACGACUGCGACCUGACCCUUCCCCAGGGUUACCUCGAUUUCAAGUACGUCGAUGACAUACCCGAGUUUGAGCACCUGCUGCUCGACGACACCGCUGUCCCCCUGCUACCCGGUGACGUGCGCCUCGACAUCAUCAAGUCCCGCACGUACACGCUGCUCUACUCGGCCAAGGCCAUGCGCAAGUCCGACGCUGAGGUCAUCCGCGACAUCCGCCAGCUCGACGACGAGCUCGAGGCCUGGCGCCUCUCGGUGCCCGCCCGCUUCCGCCCGUCGCUCUCUCCGCGCGAGGAGCUGCCCCGGCCCGACCUGUCCGAACCGCGCCGUAUGGAGCGCUUCAUGAUCCACGUCGAGAUGGCCGUCUUUUACCCCAUCUCCGCCCUCUGGACCAUCUUUUGCAACAUCAUCUACAGCCCGCUCCAGCCCCUCGCCGACGCCGACCUCGAGCUGCUCAACGCGGCUCCGCAGCUCAUCCAAGAGAUGCGCCUCCGCCGCCUCGCCCGCGACGAGAUGACCCACAUGAAGAUGGUCGACGACUUUGUCGCCGAGCUCGCUCGCCUCGCCACCCGCGCCGUCCUCAAGGCCCGCGCUGAUGAGAGGGCUUUUCCUUGCUAA